GCCUCAUCGAUCAUCUACCAGUGCAAUCCCCACUAUCAUCAUGGACAGCAUUCCUAUUGACGAUCCAACUGAGCUUAUUCAUGCGUCCAGGUCUGGGAUCGACAAUGCCCUUGCCCAGCCCGAGCCCCAUCUGUCGCGGUACCUCAUCGAGAACUUUGCCAAGCUCACCGAUCCGCAAGGGAACAUCGUUCUAAACUGGUCGUUUCUGCGAUGCGUCCAGAAUAGGAUGUCAGUGAAAAGACUUAUGUUAGGAGAGGAGAGCUCAGGCUGGGAUUCGUUUGCCCAGACAUGCGUGAAGGCCGGCAUCGUAGAGUGCCUACUGUCCAUUGCCAGGACAAAACUCAUUCUACCAGAAGACUGGGAAAGUUACUGGGGCGAAGAAUCAUACUAUGAUCUCACCCCUCCACUCAUGGCGACGGACGUGAUCGAAGAGCUCGCGUCUUGGGCCAACGAAACUCAGUUGCAGUCCCUAUCCACGGAACUUUCGAAGCAUGUCGUCAUCGAUGUAUUUCUACUGAACAUGAAACACAAGCUUAUAGUUAGGCGGCUCACAGCGGCGAGAAUGAUGGAUACUCUGUCAAGAAAAUUACGCAUGGGACUUCUCGACAAGGCACCUCUCUCGAUCAUCAUAAAUGUCUUGAACGCCCUCUUCCGCCCUCUUCUGCAAGACCCGAAAGCAGAUUCGACGCAGUUGAUCGACUCUAACACUAAGUGGCAGAGCUACCUGGACGACGAUCUCAAAGACCCUGUUGAGGAUGGCGAACUAGGCAGCUGGGACAACAAUGACGUCUCUCGGAAAUGGAUGGCAAGCCGUCUCUUUUGGCGUAUUCGACAUCACGUUAUGCGUGCGAUCGAUUGCCUGAUCAACGCCCCUCCAUUUCCAUCAGCUAGAUUGUGGAUCGAUAUCCUCAGACGCAAUCCCAGCAUCCUUUCCCUCCUCAUUGACUGUGCAAUACUGGAGCGACCAUCGUACUUCCCUGAAUCUGAAAUCGGACUUUCCGCGUCGCAUUCCUUGAGCAGACUUUUUUGCUGGCCCUCUUACAUAAUCCCAGGAAUCCCGAUCUCAACAGCAGAUACUAGGAUGUUUUCGCAAGAUUUGAAAGGGGUGGUGCAGCUACUACAGCUAUUGACGUCGCAGGGCGAUUGGGCUGAGAGGAUCCUUGAUAUAUGGGCAUGUUACGAAGAUGAGGACGAAUCAUCUCUUGAAAUAAAAUUUCGCAGGCUUGAGGAACUGUUACCCGAGCGAUCAGAGGAGAUCAGACGCAGUGCGUUCCCUAAGAUCUUGAGGGAUUGUACAUCCACAGGAGGGUGUCGUACUGCUGUGCUGCGCCUAAUCUCUACGCUUACCCAUGCCGCCGAUCAGUGUGGCAUGAAGAACGUAGAGCUUGAGUCGUUCUUGCACGUUGCAUACAAUGCUACAAAAUGGCCGAAACGUGUAUAUGAUGGCGAAGACAUCAGUAUAACAGUGACCGAGGAUACGAUAGGGCCGAUAGCCCUGAUGCGGAUACUUGCGGUUCUGGCCCACCGAAAUACUCUCGACAAUCUGCAGCUCCUACAAAAGGCUCCUUCUGGUUUAUCUCCCUCAACUUCCUUCGAACAGAUACAACAAAUCACUCAUCCAGAGGUCGUUCGACGAGCCAUCGGAAUCUCUCUAGGUCGGGUACAAGAACGCUGCAACGAUGGGAAAUCAUAUCUCGCGGUGAACGACAUGAUACAGGAUUUAGCUGCAUGCCUUUCCUACACUUUGGCCGCUGAACUCGCUGCAGCAAUAGUCGCCUUUGACGCUAACACCGGAGGCGCGUAUGCAAAGGAGACACAAGGUGCGCGCAAGCUUCUUGUCAUCGCACUCGGAAACGCUGCGGAAGCUUGGUUACGAAUGCGGCGCUGGCAAGACGCAUACUUCUGCGCCCUAGGAGCCGUUAAUGCUGCAGAAUGUAUUCCAGACUCCGAGGGUCUUAACGCAGCCAUCGUGGCUAAGAAUAAACGCCGAGUCGAAACAGCCAAGACUUGGCUAGAGUCCAACUCUUGAUAAGUGUAUCAUAGCAGAAUAGAAGGACCCGAUCGCCGAAACCGUCCUCUAUGGGCAGCGGACGUCGACUUUCCGUGUUGCUUGAUUUCGUCUUCUCUCUUUUAC